UCUGCUGCGAUAAGAAAUCUUAUCUUAACUUUAUAAAAUAUCCCUUUGCUGCACCUCCGAAACGUGCUGGCAGCUAGUGUAGUGAUUAUGAGGGAAGAGCCACCGGACUAGCUAAUCUCACGAUGGCCACUCAAGAAGUGUUCUCCCUUUAUCGUGACCUGACCGAAGAAAGUAAAGUGGCGAUCGAGUUUCCUGAAGAGUACAAAGCCUCUUGCCCGAUUAAAAAAUUGCGUGCCCUCGGCGAGGCAACGCACGUCCUCCUCGAUACAAACGGCUGCCUGCUGCAAGGUGCACUAUCUUCCGGCGGUGCUUCGCCAAAUUCCAUCCGUUUCAUGCUCCUGGCGAGCCAAGUCCGGGACUUUGAUACGGAAAAUAAUUGGAUCUUCUGCAUCAAAUCCGUCAACGGAACGGUGCAUCGGAGUAAGAAUGGAUCGCUGGAAGAGUGGACACACCUGUUCCCGGAACGAGAAGGAUUUGUCCGCGUUUGCUGCAACAACAACGGCUUGCUGCUCCUGAGAGACGAUGGCCGAUUGUUCGUGCAAGGGGAUUUCGGAAGCGUCUUCAACUGCGAUCACCUGACCGAGGUGCACGAAGUUAAACACGAUUGUGUACAACAGCUUGCGGCUGGUAUAGAUUUUGCGAUCGUUUCGUUACAAAAACGCACCAAAGUAAUAGGCAGCGUCAACAAGGAUUCCUGCUUCGAACGAAGAUUAGAUGAUAAAAAUUGCUCCGUCUACUCGGACUGGAGGAACGUGUUGGAGGUGCUUUCAGUCGGCGAUCGUCUCCGGGGAAACGUGUCCGGGAAUGAAACAGGCGAUUCACCUAUCAAGACCUCCGUUGAUGAGCUGUCGAUCUACGGACAAAUGCUGUAUGAGACGGGUGUGGCCAGCUUCGGGAAGGUGAACAAAGGUCAAUUAGGAACCGGGGACCACAUACGCCGCGAUAAGGUAUUUCAACUGAAUAUCUGUAACGUCGAGAAGAUGGCUUCCUGUUGCGACUACUCAUGUGUGCUUACGAUCGAAGGACAGGUAUUGCUUUGGGGUGACCUGAAUAGAAAUCAGGAUAUUAGUGCGCAACUAACGGAAUCAGGAACGGGUAAUGUGAGCACACCAACGGUAUGCACUCACUUUCGGCAUGUGCUGGACGUGUGUAGUGGACACUUCCAGACGUAUGUACUCACAAACGACCUAAAAGUGUAUAACAUCAAAUCUCCUGAAGCAGAAGAUAAGUGGUUGAGCUAUAAGAUAGCAGCCCCAGGAACGUACGUAGAAUAUGAGGAAUCGUUCAAUGACAUUCCAUUUGUGCUAACUACCGAUAGUGUGCUGCUGGUGAAUCAUUUACCGGUGAAGCAAGAGCUGCUGAAGCUCUAUACCCGACACCAGCAGGCGUUGCAAAACCUUCUUCGAUUCGCUAAAGAGCUGAACGCAAAGGCUACUGGCUCUCGGAGCAAAGGAGGCGCUGGCCAGCAGAGCGAAGGAAAUGAUCGUGCGUUUUAUCGAUCCUGCCGGAAAACCUUUUUCCUGUUGGUUCUUGCGAUGAAAUCAUUCCGUUCAUUCCUGGUACACCAUGAUGCGGCUCGCCUGUUGAGCAUCGUUCUGCACGAUGAAAUCUACUUUCUGUAUCGAGCAAUACUGCAGUGCUACUGUGAUAAUGAGUGUCUCGGGUUAAUGACGCAGCAUGAUCGGGAGAUGUUAACAUGCUUCCUCGACAUCGUUCCCAACAUGAUCGAUCUAGCGGAGUUACUGGUAACGUGUGAGCAAACGCGACUCGACGAAAGCAUGGAAGCGGCCUUGCUGUCCAUGAAAUCUGAAUGGCUGCGUUUCCUGAACGAAGAGGUCAGCGAAAAACUGGGUAAACAAACAAAGUCUACGAAAGAGUUUUGGCAACGAGAAGAAAACAUACGAUGGUUAGCCCUGAAAGAGCCACAUCGGCGAGUGGUGCUGGAUUCUAGUGAAGUGCCAUUGAAGCUACUUGAUGUAAACAUCUUUUCAUCCUCGCCGCGGUUUGUCCUGUUCAACGAUCUCUUCUGCUAUCUGUCCGGUGUUCAAGUGAUUCAGUACCCACUGAAACUGGUCUGGAUUACUUCGGAAGUAAGCGAACUGCAGCGUAGUCGGUACAAGGAUAAGCACCGUUAUAUGAUCACCAUCCUGACACCAGAAGAGACACUUCGUUGCCACACCCUCAACUCAGCGGACCGAGCACGGUGGCUGGGCUCGCUCAAGGCACAGGUUUUGCAGUGUCUCGACAAGCAAGUGCACGACAAACAACCAUUGUCUCGUUACGUCGGUUACACCUUCAGCGAUCGCUACGAACGCCAUGCUGCAGCCAGAUACGAAGGGAUGUGGCUAAUCGGCCAAAUGGAUGGUAUUGGAGGUCUAACCACUGGUGAUCUAUCGUACAGUGGCGAAUUCUAUCAAGGUAACAUUACCGGGUACGGGUGUAUGACCCGUUCUGUGUUUGGCAUAUCUACCAUUUAUGAAGGGGAAUUUCUAAAUGGUAAAUAUCACGGUUAUGGGCGGCUUAAGACAACGAGCAAUCGUUCGACACAAUACUUCCGCUAUCAGGGAUACUUCAGGGCGGACAAGUAUAACGGCUUUGGAACGCUCACGACGAGCUCGUAUCAGUAUAAUGGGGAAUUUGCAAAUGACCAAAAGGAAGGUUUCGGUGUGAUCGAGGACAGCUUGAAUGGGGUCAAAUACAUCGGCAUGUUCAUGGGAGACAAGAAGCACGGUAACGGCAUACUGGUGACCACAAAUGGGACGUAUUAUGCGGGUUUCUUUGCUAACGACAUACUCACACACUCCGCCGGUGGAUUGGCCAUCUUUCCAAGUGGGAUCUACUAUAAGGGUGAACUGACCAUCGAUGGUCCCUUUGGGAAGGGGGUUUUCUAUCAUCCGGAGCGAGAAAUCGAAUCGGAACAGUUUGAGCUCGACGAUUCAAACACUAAAAUGACGGGCCACACAAUGACCGGUAUGUUCGGAGGCUCCUGGCAGAGUGUCAAGGUCACUAACGCCAUUAUGGCGAUGGAUCAGAUCUUCAACAAGGUUCCAAUCUUGGAUCUGAAAAUUAACGCAGAGAGGAAGUGGUCAUCUAUAUUCACCUGCUUUCACGAGACUCUGUUCGGUACUGGCGAUAUUGUGGUCAUCCGUCGCAUGGACAUUAAGAAGGUGUGGAAUCGUAUCGCUAUUUUCGUGAGUCGAGCAAAACGAAAAGAGCAGCUAAAGGCAAGCAAUUUUGAGGUUGGACCAGGUCAGGUUGAUGAUCGUUCGACAGCGUUCCUUCAUCAGUCAGGCAUUCAGCUACAGAACGCCUCAACCACCUCGCUACGCUCAAGCCUUUCCGAUUCACGGUUGUCACUUGUAAAUGGAACCGCUUCGCCACUAGUGCACGGUAGUAGUAACGCCUCCCCGGCGGUGGAUACUAUAUCCGUGCAAAGCUUCUCUUCGGUGACAUCACGCGACGACGACGAAUUCAUGCUCACUCCGUCCAGCCUGGGAUUGCGUACGCGAUCGUCACCCUUUCGGGAUUUGGAUUUUGUUCCAGAUUUUUGCAUUACAUCUGUCGACAAGGAAGGAUUGGAGUUGCUCAGAAACUAUCUUACCGAUGCCUUCCAAUCAGUUUACCAUCCUCUGAACGGCCUUUUCGAAAAACUAUCCAACUGCUUCUACUCCACGUACAGCUGUUGGAAAUAUACGCCCAACUCCAUCCUUUGUGAACCUGCCAUGAACGAGUGGAUUUCCAUCGUAAGCCGCAUUUAUACUCUCGUACUGACCAUCAUGUUCCCUGCACUGCCCAAGGAUUCCAUCAUGAUCGAUGAUGAGCUGCUGUCGUACCAAAGCCUACUCUAUCCCAUUCUGAUGACACACGGCAUCUAUUCGGCGUUAUUUGUCUUGUAUGCUAGCAAGUGCAGCAAGAACGAUGAAAUCUACCGGCAACGGAUUCUGAUAUGCAUGAAAAAGACUGACGAAAAUCUGAUCCAGCUCCUCGAUAUUAAUCGUACGCUAGUACCUAUUAUCAAACACUCAAAAUAUGAACAAGCAAUACAAAGUUUGAAUCGUUUCCGGGAAAAGUGUUGCCCAAGCGAAAUGAUAAAACAUAUCAAUGAAGCCUUUUCGCUGGUUGAUCAAGCCUGCAAGGAACAAGAGGUACGGAUGGAUGUGGCAGCCGACAGUUUACUGGAGUUGAUCAUCUGGCUCGUGAUCAAGGCAAACCUGCCACAGCUCGGUGCUGAGAUCAGUUUGCUCGAGGAUCUGAUGCAAAACGAUUAUGCUGGAAGCUACCGGAACACGCAGAACGACUACUGUCUCAUUACGUUGAAGGCAUCCUAUCAGCACAUCAUAAGUGAUAACUUUUUUGUUAACAAAUCGUUUGAAGCCAGUGGUGGGACCUAAUGGUGGUGUAACCGUGUUUAGAAACCUCAUAAACGCUCCUUAAGCGCUCUGUUGAUUGAAUUGAAAACGUCUAAUAAACCUGUUAGGCCUUAGCGCAAUGCAUA